AGUGCAGCAGCUUUUCUGUUUAAGAACAUAACCCUAUUUCAGUAGAAGGGCAGUUGCAACCAUACCCCUACUUGUACAACUGUCACAUAUCAAUCUUAUCCCCCACCCACACUCUUCCCUUUUUUCUCCCCUAGCUGCUUUCCAUAUUUCCUUCCUCCUUUUUACAGUAAUAACAAGCAGAUCCCAUUUUUUUUGCAGCACCAUCCAUUACUAUAAAUAUAAAAACACGCACAACACACAGACACAGUUGGUGUCAUAGUUGUGGAAGGAAAGAAAAAAAGGAACAAGCAUGGAAUACGGGUGGAGUAGCAGUAGCAGUAGCAGCGCAGCAGGAGGAGGAGGAGGAGGGCAUAACGGUAAUUUGACCCCAAAUAAUGCAUGGGAAGUUGCCAGCGAAGCAGCGAUGCAGGAAGGCUCUUCCACACUGUAUCGCUAUCCCGAUCCGCAUCUGACCUGCUUGAAGCUCGGAAAGAAGCAUUACUUUGGGGAUCUGUCUCCUCCACCGCCGCCCUUCUCACUGAUAAAGAGAUCCAAAGGGCCUUCCUCUGUUCCGGCGACACUGCCGCGGUGCCAGGUGGAGGGCUGCCAGGCGCCGCUGCUCAACGCCAAGGAUUACCACCGGAGGCACAAGGUGUGCCAGACGCACGCCAAAGCCCCUAAAGUCGUGCUUCUCGGAAUCGACCAACGCUUCUGCCAACAAUGCAGCAGGUUUCAUGCCGUGGGAGAGUUUGAUGACACGAAGAGGAGCUGCAGGAGGCGACUGGCGGGCCACAACGAAAGGAGAAGAAAGAACUCGCAACAACAUCAUGCCUCUUCUGCCACCAAAGUAAUAUUAGGCAGACAGCCAUAUUUAGUGAGCAUGAGCAGCAGUGGGCGUGCUCUCUCUCUUCUGUCACACUCACCGGCGAGCUACGAGCCGUGGAGCGCCUUGCCGGCUCCGGAUCUGCCGGCCAGGUGCAGCGCGGCGCUGCGGGAGCUCAUCGCGGAGAAUCGGGCUUCCGUCUUCGAUGCCGCAAAGAUAUGGCCGGGCUGGGCUGGGCCAGAAAGCCGCGGGCACGUGACACUGAAUCUCAUGCAGGGCCCGGAUUCGGCUUUUGGGCUUAUUUUGGGCCACGAUCACCGGCCAUCGGAAGAAGGCGCCGCUGGAGAUUGCUCUGACCUUUGGAACCUGCCUUUGGGGUAUUGAUUUUGCAUUUUAAUUUUAACUUUGUUUUUUUGUGCAUCAAAACUUGUGGAUAUUAUUCCGCCUUCGAUUUUUGUUUUUGUUUAUUGUAAACGUAUGACUACUUAAUUUCUCAAGUACUAAUAAUAUGAGAAUAAUUGAAGAUUAGUACCAAAAUA